GCAGGUGGAGGACAGGAGCUGCUGGCCCCCGAUGCGGCCUCGUCUCCUGCACGGACUCUCUGGGGUCUCUGUCACCCUCUUCUGCGUGGUGUUCCUCUCGGUGAGACACAGGACUCCGAGGCUCUGGGGGACAGGUCCGGGAGACAACAGCACCGGGUCAGGGGCCCUGCCGCUCACAGAGGUCUACAUUGCCGUCAAGACCACCCAGAGCUUCCACAGGUCCCGACUGAGGCUGCUGUUGGACACUUGGAUCUCGAGGGCAAGGAAGCAGACCUACAUCUUCAGCGAUGGAGAGGACCAGGCCCUCCAGGAGAGACUAGGGCCCCACCUAGUGGUCACAAACUGCUCUGCUGAGCACAGCCACCCAGCCUUGUCCUGCAAGAUGGCGGCAGAAUUUGAUGCCUUCCUGGCCAGCGGACUGAGUUGGUUCUGCCACUUGGAUGACGACAAUUACCUCAACCCAGAGGCCCUGCUCACACUCCUGUCCUCCUUCUCGCCUACCUGGGAUGUGUAUGUUGGGAAACCAAGUCUGAACAGACCCAUCAAGGCUUCAGAACCAAUGCCCAACAACCAGACGAGGCCAGUACGAUUCUGGUUUGCCACAGGUGGAGCUGGCUUCUGUAUCAACCGAAGAUUGGCCAGGAAGAUGGUGCCAUGGGCCAGUGGCCCCAAUUUCCUGAGCACCUCCACUAGGAUCCGACUGCCUGAUGACUGCACUGUGGGCUACAUCGUCGAGUGCAAGUUGGGGCGUCGCCUGCUCCCCAGCCCUCUGUUCCACUCCCACUUGGAGAACCUGCAGGUUCUUGGGGCUGCCCAGCUCCCCAGUCAGGUCACUCUCAGUUAUGGAAUCUUUGAGAAGAAACUCAAUGCCAUUGACCUGGAGGGCCCCUUCUCUCCACAAGAAGACCCCUCCAGGUUCCGGUCCCUCCAUUGUCUCCUCUAUCCUGACACUUCCUGGUGCCCACAACAGGCUACUCAGUGACUCCUGACACCUCCUUCUUGGGACAAAGGCCAAGGGAGGCCUUUGGUUACUUAUAGAGGGUUCAAGGGUCACCUCCAGCCCGACCUUUCCUUGUGCAGUGGACUCUCAGGUGCACAGGGAAGAGCCAGAGUUUUGCCAAUGGUGGAAUAAGCCUUGGUUUCCUGAUCUUCUUCAAGAAGAGGUCUGAGGGGGGCAGCUGGGUGAUGCAGUGGAUAAAGCACCAGCCCUGGAUUCAGGAGGACCUGAGUUCAAAUCCAGCCUCAGACACUUGGCACUUACUAGCUGUGUGACCCUGGGCAAGUCAAUUAACCCCCAUUGCCCCACAAAAACAAACAAAAACCAAAAAAAAUAAAUAAGAAGAGGUCUGGGUUUGCCUGGUGGCUAUCAUCUAAAGCCUAGCUUCUUAAACUGUGGGUUGAGACUUUGUAUGGGGUCUCACAACUGAAUGUGGCGGUUGCAAAAAAGGUUAUGUCUACCUAUUUUAUAUACCUAUACACCCAGGAUAAUGUAAAAAUUUCUCAGGUGAAAAGGGAUCUUGUGUGGAAAAAGUUCAAGAAGCCCUGAUCUAACACAUCUACUGAUUCCCGCCCCACCCCCCAUUCAUGGGAUGCUAUCUUUCCCAGAGGACCUAGUGAAGUGUUAGGGAGCUUAGAAACCUGGGAAGACUGAGUUGGGAGGUGGAAAGGGCUAAACUCCAAGAAGGUCUAUGAAGGAGGAGGCAAGCAGAGGAUUAGGGUUAGGGUGAGGGGCAGUCCUUUGGGAAAAAGGGAUCAGGAAGUUUCUCUACCUUCCUGGAGUAAGAGGUCCUUAUCUGUCUACAAAGGGCAAAUCAAAACUCCCAGCUGGAUCUUGGGUCAGGGCUAUCCUCAGUUUCCUUAUCUGAAAAAUGAGGGGAUCAGAUUUGCUGAUUUCUAAGGUAUCUCCCAGUCCUGUCAUUCCAUAUUUCAAGGGCCCUUAGCUCUGACUGUAUUUUCAGGUCCUUCCCACUUUCUGUGUUCUAAGGGCUCUCCCAGUGCUGAUAUUCCAGAUUUUGAGGCCCCCCCUUAGCUCUGACAUCCUGUAACUGACACUCGGAGAUUCAGUCACUCCCUCUCUACUGAUCCAGACCUGUGUCCAGGACUUUGUCUUCCUCAGGUUGGCUACAAAUCCUUAGGAACUGGGCACAUCCCUCAACAGAAUAAUGUGAGACUCUGGGUUUAGUCACACACUGGGGUCUUCUCUAAAAGCCCAUGUAUGCCGGGACCUGUCUUGGGACACUUCUACUGAUCCCCCACUAAGUGGCAUUGCAUUAGUGAAGGGAGUUUCCUCAUUUGAGAGUUCCUUACACCAAUGAAAUUACAAGUUGUCCCCUUCCCCAAAGCACCUUGGCACAGGGCCAAAGAGCGGGUGAGCCCAAUGGGUAGCUGAGUCUGCAGACACAGGUCCCAUCCCUGCUGUUUUAACCUUUCUACUUGUCCCAGCAGCCUUCUCCAAUGAUCAGUAGUAGGAUUGAGAGCAGGCAAGGGACCUUAGAGAUGAUAUGACUGAACUCUCUUAUUUUGCAGAGGCUAUAGAAGGAUACCUGUCCAGGUCCCACAGGUAGAGCGUGGCAGUUAGGCUUAGAACCCACAUUUUCUGACUCCAAAUCCAAUGCUCUUUUCACCACUGAACUCCACCCCCCUGCCUAGCUGUGCCAUGUUGUGAUGAUUGUGACAGGCCAUGUGGCCUGAUGGUAAGGGAAGAGGGGAGGAUCAGGUCAGGGACGUUUUACUUGACCCUUUGGUACAAAAAUGGAUUUGAGUUGGUAUGUGAGAGAAAUAGCAUGCUAUAUGGUUAAAGCUGAAGUAAGUAACCAGAAAUAGAGUGUAGUAAGGGAGGUCCCUGAGGAAAAGGGAUCCAGUGCCAGGCACAUAGUAGGUAUUGGAUAAAUUGAUGGAUUGAUGGGUGUCUGGGGAGAUGCUGGAUGGGUUGAAGGGGAGAUUAAAACAUUCUUCUUUUA